AGCGGAGACGGCAGGAAGAUGGCGAUUCCGGGCAGGCAGUAUGGGCUUACUUUGCCAAAGAAAGCACAGCAGUUGCACCCUGUUUUGCAAAAACCUUCAGUGUUUGGGAAUGAUUCUGAUGAUGAUGAUGAGACCUCCGUGAGUGAAAGCCUUCAGAGAGAAGCUGCUAAGAAGCAAGCAAUGAAACAGACCAAACUGGAAAUCCAGAAGGCCCUUGCAGAAGAUUCUACUGUAUAUGAAUAUGACAGUAUUUAUGAUGAAAUGAAGAAAAAAAAGGAAGAAAGUAAUCCAAAAUUGCUUUUGGGAAAAGACCGAAAGCCCAAGUACAUUCACAACUUACUAAAAGCAGUUGAGAUCAGAAAAAAGGAACAGGAAAAAAGAAUGGAAAAGAAAAUACAAAGAGAACGAGAAAUGGAAAAGGGAGAAUUUGAUGAUAAAGAGGCAUUUGUAACAUCUGCUUAUAAGAAAAAACUGCAAGAGAGAGCUGAAGAGGAAGAAAGAGAAAGGAGGGCUGCUGCACUUGAAGCAUGUUUGGAUGUAACCAAGCAGAGCGAUCUCAGUGGAUUUUAUAGGCACCUGUUAAAUCAAGCAGUUGGUGAAGAGGAAGUACCUACAUGCAGCUUUCGUGAAGCCAGGUCUGGGAUAAAAGAAGAGAAAUCAAAGGGAUAUUCCGAUGAAGUAAGUUCAGAAAACAGAACACCUCAUGAGAACUGCAUUCCCCAAACUGUUGUGAAAGUAGAGGAAAACCCAGAUGCAGACAGUGACUUUGAUGCUAAGAGCAGUGAGGAUGAUGAAAUGGAAGAAGAUAAUAAAGUGAACUGCAGAAGGGAAAAGGGCACAGAGACCUUAAAAAAUGACCCCAGGCAUCACAGGAGUCAUACCCACUCACGAUCAUCUAGUGAAGAAAGAGAGCAUGGUACCAAAUACCACACAAAAAGUUCCAAGUCAAGAGGACAUGAGAAAAGGGAAGAUCAGCACCAAGAGAGACAAUCCAGGGAGGACAGCUAUUACACUGACCGUGAUUACCAAAAAGAAAAGAAGGAUUCCCAUAGGCACAGAGAGGCCAGUUACAGAGAUUCACACUGGAAGAGGCAUGAACAAGAAGAUAGACUGAGGGGAAGAGACCAGAGAGAAAGAAAUGAUAGGGAAUGGAAAAGGGAGAAAGACAGGGAGAAAUACCCCUCAAGAGAACAAGAAAGAGACAGACAACGAAAUGAUUAUGACCGACACAUUGAGAAAGGAGGAGAGAAGGAAGAGAAAAGCAAAGAAAAGGAAGAGCAUAUGAAAGCAAGGAAAGAAAGAUAUGAAAACAGUGAUAAAUACAGAGAUAGAGAAAACCGAGAAGUAAGUGUUCAAUCUUCAGGAAAAAAUCAAGAAAGAAAGGAAAGCCCAAAUUCUAGGGCAAAGGAUAGGUUUCUUAACCAGGAAAGAGCCAGUAAAAUGAGAAACAUGGAAAAGGACAAAGAAAGAAACCCAGAGAAACCCUCUAGUUCUGAAACAUCACUGGGAGCAAAACACAGAUUCACAGAGAAAUGCCAAGGGACUGGCAAAGAACAAGAGAGGCCACACGAGACAGUGAACAAGUUUGCAAAGCGGAGCAACGAAGAAACUGUAAUGUCAGCGAGAGACAGAUACUUGGCCCGGCAAAUGGCACGCGUUAAUGCAAAGACAUAUAUUGAGAAAGAAGAUGAUUGAUAACUGCCCCAAUAGGAAGACCUAUGGAAGCACAGAAAAUUAUAAUUCCUGGAAAAUGUUGAGUGAA